CUGAUCCCUGCCGGAAUGGCCAUGGGGCUCAGUGCUUCUCCACCAGCUGUGCUUCUGCUCCUCUCCCUGCUGGGUCUGGCUGCUGCUGGGAAGCUCCUGGUGGUGCCGGUGGACGGGAGCCACUGGCUCAGUAUGCGGGAAUUGCUGGACAUGCUCCAGCAGAAGGGACACGAGGUGGUCGUGGUGGCACCUGAAGUCUCCCUGCACAUCAAACCAUCCAAGACCUUUGAGAUGAAAAUGUACUCGGUCCCCUUCACUCAGGAAGAGCUGGAUAAAGUUUUCAAAGGAUCAGUAAUGGAUUUAUUUAAAGGAGGACCUUUUCUGGAAAGAGUUAUUAGACAGUACCAACAGGCAAAGAAGACCUCUGCUCUGUUCCUGGCCACCUGCACACACUUAAUUCACAACAAGGAGCUCAUCAGGUACCUUGAGGAGAGCAAGUUUGAUGCCAUCCUCACAGACCCUAUCCUCCCCUGUGGGGCAAUACUGGCUGAGUAUCUUUCCCUACCUUCCGUGUAUUUCCUGCAGCAAAUUCCAUGUGGUUUGGAAUAUCAAGCCACCCAGUGCCCCAAUCCCCCCUCCUAUGUUCCCAGAGUAUUUACAGACCUUACAGACCGCAUGACCUUUCUCCAGCGGGUGAAGAACAUGCUCUAUGACAUCCCAAAUUUCUUCCUCUGCGAUGUUGUCUUCCAACCUUAUGCAGAACUGGCUUCAGAGUUCCUCAAGCGGGAGGUGACCGUGCCGGAUCUCCUGCGCCAGGCUUCCAUUUGGCUCAUGAAGCUGGACUUUGUCCUGCACUUCCCAAAACCCUUGAUGCCUAACAUGGUUUUGAUUAGUGGAGUAAAUUGUGCUUACAAGAAGCUAAGUCAGGUGGGUCACCCUGUGUUUUCUCUUCUUGUUCUUGCAGGCUUUAGAAAUGUCUGGGACGCUGAAACUCAGCUUUCAUUAGAAAGGAGGAUUUCAAACUGUUCGUGCUUUGCAGGAAAGUGCUGGUUCUGGGAUCUGUGAAGGAUUAUCAGAGUA